UAUUCCCCGAUUUGUCUGUUGUCGAUUCCUUCCUUUUUUUUUUCUAUUCGAUCCACCGUCACAACACUCAUUCGUUUAGUCCUCCCUUUCUCUCCACAGCCACCAAUGGCGUCGCUCUUCAAAAAGGUGGCCGACGUGCUCGCCGCCCCUCCACCUGCUGCCGCUACCCCUUCUUCUGCGCUCCCGGAGACCGUCGUUCCCAAAAACGCCCUCCCACUGCACCCCUACUACCCAGUCGAGGCCACCAUUGUGGGCUACGCCGCAAACAAAUGGAAUACGCUCGAGCUCUGCUCGCUGUUCGCCAGCGGCUGUGCCGUCAUUUUCGCCAUCACCUACCUAAUCGUGAAACGCGUGCGCCCCGGCCUGUCGAUGGGUGACCUGACCACCAUCCUGUGGUUCGUCCUGUGCGGCUUCAUCCACUUUUUCUUCGAGGGCUACUUCGCCGUCAACUUCCGCAGCAUGGGCGGCAUGCAGGACCUGUUCGGCCAGCUGUGGAAGGAAUAUGCCCUGUCCGACUCCCGCUACCUUACCCAGGACGCUUUUGUGCUGUGCAUGGAGACCAUCACCGCUGUCUGCUGGGGCCCAAUGUCCUUCAUCACCGCCGGCUUCAUCGCGACCGACCACCCCCUGCGCUACGCUUUCCAGAUCAUUGUCUCGCUCGGCCAGCUCUACGGUGACGUACUCUACUACGCUACCAGCAUGUUCGACCACUACCUCCUCGACCGGGCCUACUCUCGCCCCGAAGCUUUUUACUUUUGGUGCUACUUUGUGCUCAUGAACGCCUUCUGGAUUGUCAUUCCUCUGUUCCUCAUCUGCACCGGUGUUGCGGCGACGUGGAGAGCAUUUGACGCGUUGAACAAGGCCGAGCGGUUGUUGAGGAAGGGCGGUGUUGCCAAUGGGCACGCCAACGGCGGCGCGAAGAAGAAGCAGUAG